AUACUUGGAGAAAGGAGAAUUUAAAGUAAGAGACAACAUAUAUGAUUUUUGAUUACUUAUUAAUGUGUUUGUAUAACAACAUUGAUGUGCCUAAUGUACAAUAUAGACCAAACAAAUAAAAGUGCAAUCAGCCUACCCCAAAGAGCUUACAAAAUAUGAUCCCAGUCCUGAAAACACUUAUGCAUAUACUUAACUUUGUGCAUAUGAGUACUUCCAUUGGUUUUACUCAAAUUAAAACUAGCAUAAGCGUCUGCACGGAUCAGGGCCUAAAUUAGAAAACAUAAAGGAAAUGACAACAUUAAUCUAAAUGUUAAUCUAUGUAAUGCAAUUUCACUCUGUGUAAAAACUUGUGACUGACUGGUUUUACUGCCCUUCCCCAUAAGGCAUUGUCUAGUUAAUGCACAGAAAUAUUGUGUGAUUUUUUUUUCCUAUGGUGGGUAUAACUCUAAACUACACAAAAACCUUAGAAUUUUUGUUAAAGAAUGGCACACUUUUCUGGGUCUCCAAGUUCUAAAAGUCACAAAAUAGUUCAUUGUCUCAAAAUACUGGAACAUUAUUAUUAGAAAAAUUAGAGUAACAACAUAAUACUGUAUUUCUUUGUGAGCAAGGGAUUUUCCAUUUUGAAGGGGAAGUCAGACAAAAAUAUUUCUGAAAGUUACAUUGUUUGUAAUGUUAUAGAAGAAGGCAAUAUUGGUCUUUGCUUAGUUUCUUGGCGCCUGGUUUCACUUUUGACAGGUAUGAUGUCUUUAUUAUAUAUGUUUUAUCCUUACUUAUUUUAUUAUUACAGCAUUCUUGAGCUCUGACUCUAAUUCCACCACCUAUGAUUUAUAUUAAUAUAUUCUAACAUUUUGAUAAAAGAGAGCAUAGAGCUUCAUUGGAAGAUGAGACCAGAUCUUCUGAAAAUGAAAGAGGUUGCCCUUAUUUACCUUGAUAGGAGUGGUGGCCUUCAGAAAUUUGUGGACGAUUGCAAACGAUAUAAUGACUCAAAGCAAAGUUAUGCUGUCUAUCGAUUCAUUAUUUCGAUAAAUCCUUCUGAUAUUGCUGAGUUGGAUGCAGCUCUUGGCAAUCAGAUUCUGCACAAACCCAUGAAAGCUGCACAGAUUUUUCAGUCGGUCUGUUUCAUAGCUAUUAAAACACUGUCAUUAAUUGAACAAUUACAGACAGAGGCCCAAAUUAAUAUAGUGUUGAAACCAACACACUUGCCUCCUCUGCCAAGUUAUAUUCUCAGCCUUUGUGAGUUUCCACUUGAUUACAUGUCUCAGAGAUUUUAUAUGUCAGAGGGAAUAGUGAUUGCAAUGGGAACUGUAACGAAAUACACACAAGGAGCAAGAUUCCUUUGUUCUGAGGAAACCUGUCCAUUUUCUGAAGGGUUUAAUUAUAUAAGAGUGCAUAUCCCUGGAGCUACAGAGUCUGCAACAGUGAGGAAUGAUUUUGUAUGCAGUUUAUGUGCUUCACCACUGCGAGAAGACAUGAAAUUUAGAGUACUUGGUGAUAAACAGCUAGUUGAAAUGAUAGAUGCAAAAGCUCUGAGUGCUUUCCAAGGAUAUUCCAACAACAAACCACAUUUCAGAAUUCAGUCUUUUACAGUUUUCCUAAGAGACGAAUUGUCGAACAAAAUGAAAAUAGGAAACAGGUAUAGGUUUAUAGGAAUUCCGGCCUGCAUACAAAACUGCUCACAAGUUACAGUCUGUAUAGAAGUCAACAGUAUACAGCUCUGUAGUCCAGAAGAUACUUCUGGUAUCAGUGAGAAUUUUAAGUAUCUGCUCUCCUGGACUUCAAGUUCAUGUUGGAGGUUUACAGCCAUACUUGCCAACAUCUUUGCUUCUCAAGUUGUCCCACCAGGCACUUACAAUACUCUUAAACUGUCCAUACUGUUGAGUCUAGUCCAGACAUGUGACAGAGAGAGAGAGACAGCAGAUUACCUGGAUCUUUUGAUUGUGACCAGUGACACCCUAAUAGCAGAUAGGCUUUUGAAUUACAGUGUUUGUCUUGUAGCCCGUGGCAUACGGCACCCAGCAUCUAAUGAUAUUUUUCCUACUGUGUCCAAAGAUAAGCAUGGAACUGGAACUGCUAGCAUUCAGGCGUGCAGUGCUCUGCUGGCCAAAGGUGGUAUCUGCUUCAUAGGAGAUUUGUUGUCACAUAAAAAGGAUAAACUUGAACUUCUGCAGUCAGUGCUGGAGAGCAGAACCACUACAGUAUUUAUUCCUGGAAAGAAGUAUGGAGAAGAUGUUGACCAGCAAGUUAUCCUUCCAGUUCAGACCAGUUUCUGGACUUUUGUAGAUGAGGAUUUGUCGUCCAAAAAAUAUGUACAAAAGGAUAAUACUCUAAUUGGCAAGUUGGAUUUGAGAUCAAUGGCAGCUAACCUUAUAGAUGCUUUUGGGCUUUUGAUACACUGCAAUGAAUUAUCUUGCCAACUAGCUCUUCCUCUUUUGGAUCACAUCAUGAAAAAAGCCAUUGAUCCAGAAGAAGUACCUUAUACCAUCUCCCAGCAGUUCAGAACACAAGAUUAUGAAGAGGUAACUAGCUAUAGUUCAGAACAAAAUUGUAUUUGAUAAUUUAACACUAUUACUUGGCAUGAUGUGGUUUUCCUGAGAUGACUUGUAUACUUCCAGCCAUGCA